AUGGUGUACAAUUCGUUAACCGAGGCUCCUCACAACCUCAAGGAGGGUAUUGACUGGUUGAUAGCCCUAAAGGGAACUGAUGCUGAAAAGAGCUUGGCGGCUAUGGGUGCUGCCCUCUACGGCUUUCUCGCAGACAAGCCUGUUGGCAAGGUGGAGCUGCCAGCUCUCGAGAAUGUUAAGAGUAUUUCUAAAGAGUUCAUGGAGAAACAGGAGCUAAAGGGCCGUUGGUUCGUGAAAAAGAUACUGAGGAAGAUCAAAGAACCUAUCGGGAAAAGUCGCAAAGAACUCGAUAAGCAUUUUAGACGUAUCGAAGAAAGCGACUAUAAGAAUAUCGUAAUGUCCAAGUGCCUCACUGCUGAAAAAAUCACACAGAAAUUAGGCAAAGUUGUGGACUGUUGUGAAAAGUUCCUGGAAAGCAUAAAAUCCCCUAAGCAGUAUGACUCUGCUUACAGUUCAGAAGCGACGUGGAAUGCAUCUUGCGCAAAGGACCCGGAAGCCUGUGCGGUAGUCCUAGUGGGGAUUGCGCCAAUGUUGUACGCAGGGAUACGUUCUGUGUGGGAGGAGAGCAAAACAGGACCCGCGGGGUGGAACUGCUCUAAAAAGGACAAACCCAUGGGAAAUAUAUUGAAAGCCGUGGGUUACGUAGAGCCUGAAUGUCACGCUGACAUGGGUGCUUCAUAUGUCCUCAGGGCGUUGGGAGGUGUGAAGGUGCAUGUAUUGAACAUACUCUACGACCUUGCUGGAUUCUGGGCUUUCUAUUGA